AUGACUCUCACGAGCCGUCGAGACAGCCAUCCAGGUGGGCUAUCUGGGCUCGAGCUGGCUAAGAGUCGCGCAAAGAGGCACCUUGGUAACUCGUACGAAGUCGACGGUGAGGCAGGUGAAGAGCUUCCAGUCAAGCAGGCAAACAACACGCUCUGCCCUUUUCCUCGUCGCAAGGCUGUCGCACGUCGACCGCGCUUCUUGAAGCCUUCUAGAACACCCGGCUACGCUCAUCUGCGACCUGCAUCGCUCGAACUCAAAAAAGUCGCGUCGCGCAUCGGUCGCAUUCCCGCCGUGGCCCGUGUCGCAAAACUACGAACCUUCGACCUACACCUCACUACUCGCCGCGCACCGCCUCUUGGACACUUGGGAGCGCUGCUCUACACCCUGGACAAGAUGUUGAUGCCGUCCGCUCUCUCCUGCGACUCGUCGCACCAACCUGGCCCCCGACUUCAAUCGGCUCUCUUCUCCUCGCCUCCCGCCAGCCCACCUACCACCGCCCAUAAUCCCAUCAGCAACAUCUUCAGCACGUGUCGCGCGCUGCAGUCGAUGCUGACGGGCCCCGCGACAAGCACUCUCAACCACAACGACAAUGUCGCCCCCCAGAGGCAACUCCCUACACCGCCAAUGGCCCACGCGCAGCUGCCACCCUUGAAGCUGCGUCUGCGCUCGCGCAAGGCCGACGCCAACAGCGACGCCAUGGGUCGCAAAAAGGUCGUCAAGCGCUCAGCCGCGCCACCCCGCGGAGCAAAUAAGAGGCGCAGGGCCAUGGAUGACGAUAUGGGUCGCGAUGAUGACAUCGACAGCGACCUCGACAUUGAUGCGACCGACAAUGAAGCCACUGCAGACCAGGCACCCUCUGGGCCGCGCACACCCAAGCGAGCUCGUCUUGCGCCAGAGGUGAUACCUCUUGGCCUCGAGCGCGCCGACUUCCACAACCUACAAAACACCACAGAACGACCAGACAGCACUGCAGAGACGGAAGAGGUCGAUCUGGAGGUGGAUGGAGAGGAGUGGAGUACAGAGGAGGACAGGAUUCUGGUCGAGCUAAUUCUCGACAAGCUCAAGCUGACAAAGACGGACUGGCAGGACUGCGCACGCAGCCUGGGCAAGGACAGACAUAGCCUUGGUCGGAGAUGGAAGAGUCUCAUGGUCAAUGGGGAUGUCGGCCUCAAGUCUAGGAGUCGGAGAGGCAAGAUUCACGGAACCUGGCGGUGA